AUGUCGAGGCAGACGCCUCCCUCGCCUCUUCAGCGAGGUCGAGGAAGCCUCAGAGCCUACUGGUCGCUCGUUUCAGCCUCAGGAGGACUCAGAGAGGAGCGCUCAGGAAGGAGCUCGCAGGAAACCGCCUCCCUCGCCUCCUCAGUUCAGGCCCUCAGGAGGAGUCGAGGAAAGACGCCUCCUCGCCUCCUCAGUUCAGCCUUCAGAGGAGGUCGAGGAAGGACGCCUCCUCGCCUCCUCAGUUCGCCUCUGGAGCGAGGUCGGGAGACGCCUUCCUCGGCCUUCCUCAGUUCAGCUCAGGAGGGCAGGUGCGAGGAAGACGCCUCCCUCCGCCUCCUCAGUUCAGGCUCUGGAGGAGUCGAGGAAGACGCCUCCCUCGCGAGGAAGAAUCUCAGCCUCAGCGAGAGGUUCGAGGAAGGACGCGCCUCCUCAGUUCAAGGCCGCUCGAAGGAAGACGCCUCCCUCGCCUCCUCAGUUCAGCCUCAGGAGGAGGUCGAGGAAGACGCCUCCCUCGCCUCCUCAGUUCAGCCUCAGGAGGAGGUCGAGGAAGACGCCACCCUCGCCUCCUCAGUUCAGGCCUUCAGGGAGGAGGUCGAGAAGACGCCCCCUCGGCCUCCUCCAGUUCAGCGGAGGAUGGCUCGAGGAAGACGCCAUCCCUCGCCUCCUCAGUUCAGCCUCUGGAGGAGGUCGCAGGGAGCGCCUCCCUCGACUCACUCAGUUCAGCCUCAGGAGGAGGUCGAGGAAGACGCCUCCCUUCCCCUCCUCAGUUCAGCCUCUGGAGGAGUCGAGGAGACGCCUCCCUCAGCUCCUUCAAUUCAGCCUCAGGAGGAGACGUCGAGGGAAGACGCCUCCCUCGCCUCCUCAGUUCAGCCUCAGGAGAGGUGCGAGGAAGACGCCUCCCUCGGCCUCCUCAGUUCAGCCUUCAGGAGGAGGUCCGAGAAAGACGCUGCCCUCGCCUUCCUCCAGUUCAGCCUCAGAGGAGGUCGAGGAGACGCCACACCCUCGCCUCCUCAGUUCAGCCUCAGGGGAGGAGGUCGAGGAAGGACGCCUCCCUCGCCUUCCUCACCAGGAGGAGUCCCUCGCCUCCUCAGUUCAGCCUCAGGAGGAGGUCGAGGGAAGACGCCACCCUCGCCUCCUCAGUUCAGCCUCAGGAGGAGGUCGAGGAAGACGCCACCACCCUCGCCUCCUCAGUUCAGCUCAGGAGAGGUCGAGGAAGCCGACCCCACACCCUCGCCUCCUCAGUUCAGCCUCAGGAGGAGGUCGAGGAAGACGCCACCACCCUCGCCUCCUCAGUUCAUCCUCAGGAGGAGGUCGAGGAAGACGCCACCACCCUCGCCUCCUCAGUUCAGGCUCAGGAGGAGUCGAGGAAGACGCCCCACCUCGCCUCCUCAGUUUCAGUCCCUCGAGGAGGAGUCGAGGAAGACGCCACCCUCGCCUCCUCAUCGAAACUGGCUGAAAUCAGAUUUUUAUAACGCUUUAAUCGUUGAAUACCUCGCCUCCCCGGUUCAGGAGGUCGAGCUAAAUCCAGAUGAUAAUGAGUGGUUAAACCAGGACUUUCACGAUGCUUUACUUGUAAAUCUUGAAGCUAUCGUUGCCUCCCCAGAGGCCGAGGAAGAAGUCGAGCUCUCGACUUGGUUGGACGACUUCCUCGCCUCCCCGACUCCAGAGGACGAGGAAGACGCCGCCACUCCGACUGUUGACGAGGUCGAGCUCUCGACUUGGUUGGAGGACUUCCUCGCUUCCCCGACUCAGGAGGCCAAGAAAGACGCCAGCGUCGCAUAG